CGUACUCUGCUGUCAACACAAGCAACACAACAAGGUAGUCGAGUUUGAAACGAGCUAGUGGUCGCCGAGACGUUGUCGUAGAUUGUUUCGUAAUUCGCAGUCAAAGGAAUGUUAUGACGUGCAGUAACUGUCUUUGUUUGAAUAACACCAAUUUCAUACUUUACCCAAGAUUCAUAGAACAAUGUGAUAGAUAGAGUACGAUAUGCUAGUAAAGGGUCAAAUUGCGACAUGAUUUUUUCCAAAGUAUGAUCGUUUCAAUAGAAGUUAUUAGUAUAGUUAGGCCUUCGUAUUGGUUAAGUUGUGUGAAUAUUGUGCCAAUAAUGAGAUAGUGGAGUGUUGUGAUGUGGUUGUGGGACAUGUGGGGGGUGCUGUGGGCCGUGGAAGCGGUGGCGCAGCUGGCGGCCGUGCUGGCGACGCCACUGGACCCCGCGCCAACUAUCCCGCAAGGCUUGUCACUGUCACCAUUCGUGCGGCACUGGCAGCCGGCGGCGUACGCGCAUGUAGGGGGACACCGGCUGCGGCGCGCCGCGCUCCCGCCGCCCGAGCCCCCGCCACCGCCGUUGCGACUGUCCUUCCAUGCUCAUAAUAGGGAGUUCAAGUUGGUGCUGCGACCGGAUCCAAGUUCAGUAUUCGCGGACGGCGUCCAGUUCCAUUCUACGGGCGGUCAAGUGGAGUUCAACCCUGCCAAAGUUUACUCGGGGAAGCUGGAAGAUGAUGAGUCAUCCCACGUCUACGGAGUUAUCACAGCUGAUGGACUUUUUGAUGGAACGAUUUGGACUCCUACAGAAGAGUACUAUGUGGAGCCUAUAUCUAGAUAUAACAUAGACCAUCCAAACAUGCAUAGUGUUGUAUAUCGAAGGUCAGACGUCCAGCAUCCGCAUGACACAAGUGAAGGAGCACCGUGCGCAUCACACCUGCUUCAUAUGAAAAGAACUUUAGGACAAGAAGUUGAAUUAUUUACUGAUCAACGAAACCUUAAAGACUCAUCCAUGAACAAUUUUACUGAAGAUCUCCGCAGUGAAAUACAUAGACGCAAAAAAAGAUGGCUCCCCGAGGACGAAAUGCAAGACGAUGAGCCAAAGAAAAAUCCAGAAUUACCUUUAGACUUAGACUUUCCGUACACCAGCAAUAAUGAGCCGGUCGAUAAGUUAAGCACGAGAAAACCUAAAACCAAAAUCGAUAAAAGUAACCUCAUUACUAAAGUGCGACUCGAUUCUGAAGACUCGAGACCAAAGCCAAAGACGCACGUCGAAGUGAUAAAAACGAAAGCAGGAGUAGUAACUGUUAGUAAGGAUAUAGUUAAGAAAGAGCCAGUGGGGUACACUGUGUUGUCCGCGAACGCGAGUGACGAUGGACGCCAUGUGAACAAAAGAGCGACUGUAGAUCCCAGGAAAACCACGUGUCUCGUGUACCUGCAGGCGGAUCACAUGUUCUAUCAAAGAUACGGCUCAGAGGAAGCCUGCAUUGAAGUCAUGACACGCCACGUCCAGAAAGUUAACGCGAUAUACAAAGUGACCGACUUCAACCAAGACGGCAAGCCAGACAACAUCACGUUUAUGAUCAAAAGAAUUAAAGUACACACGUUAGAUGCAUUGAAAGACCCUGCUUAUAGGUUUCCAAAUAACUACGGGGUAGAAAAAUAUUUAGAGCUCUUUUCAGAGGAAGAUUACGAUGCCUUUUGUUUGGCGUACAUGUUUACGUAUCGUGAUUUUGAAAUGGGUACGUUGGGUCUCGCUUGGACGGGUGAUCUGAAGAACGCUGGUGGUGUUUGCGAGAAAAAUGGGCAUUACCGCGGCAGCAUGAAGUCCCUAAACACGGGUAUAGUGACGCUCUUGAAUUACGGGAAGCACGUGCCGCCGGCUGUCUCGCACGUGACACUCGCGCACGAGAUCGGACACAACUUCGGAUCACCGCACGACCCAGAAGUAUGCACGCCAUUCGGCGAGGACGGCAACUACAUAAUGUUCGCGCGAGCCACCAGCGGCGAUAGGAAGAACAACAACAAAUUCUCGCCGUGCUCGCUCAGAGCUAUCGACCCGGUGCUCAACAAUAAGGCGAGAUCACCUAAGGGAUGCUUUACUGAACCUCAACCGGCGAUCUGCGGGAACGGCGUGGUGGAGGAAGGCGAGGAAUGCGACUGUGGCUGGGCUUCGGAAUGUACCGACGUGUGCUGCCGUCCUCAGGCCGCGAGGCCGCAUUAUAAGCCAUGCACGCUUACCGAACACAGCGUGUGCAGUCCUAGCCAGGGUCCAUGCUGCACGGCAUCUUGCACUCUGAAGUUUGGCGACAAAUGUCGGUCGGACAACGGGUGUCGGGACGCUGCGUUCUGCGACGGCAAGCGCGCCAACUGUCCCGCGAGCCGACACAAGCCCAAUAGGACUCGCUGCGAUAAGGAGCUCGUCUGUUAUAUGGGCGAGUGCACAGGGUCUAUCUGCCUCGCCUACGGCCUGGAGUCAUGCCAGUGUGCAGCACGUAAGGACGAUCCGCGGUCGGCAUGCGAGCUGUGCUGCCGCAAGCCGGGAGGCGCCUGCAUGUCCUCCUUCGACUGGAACACGGCGCCCUACGACGUGCCCGACAUGUAUGCCAAGCCGGGCACGCCGUGCAAUGAUUAUAAUGGUUAUUGCGACGUGUUCCAACGCUGCCGCGAGGUGGACCCGUCAGGGCCGCUGGCGACGCUGCGCAAGCUGCUGCUGUCGGACGAGAGCAUCGCGGGCUUCAAGCGCUGGGUGCUCAAGCACUGGUACGCCGUGCUGCUUAUACUGCUCGCGGUUAUUGCUCUACUGGUGGCAAGCACACGUUUCUUGGGUCGGCACGGUAAGAAGCUCAAGUCUGUGACCAUCAUCCACUCGUCCACCACUGAAACCGUCCGCCUGCCUGACGCUGCCGACCAGGGCCUGAUCGUUCAUACAGCUGUCAGGUCAAAACUACCUCUUAAGAAGAAAGUGGCUCUUCGAACUCGAGCUUAUCGCAAUAAGAAAGAUCAUAAGAAGUUAGGAGACAAAGCGUCUCCGCUUCAUAGUGCCAAUAAGAAGAGGAAGCCGAAUAGUCAAGCAAAAUUAGAAGAAGUUCCUAAAAUAGCUAAAGAAAGCACAGUUAUCGUCACAAACGCCGAAGGCAAAUCACCAAAACAUGUGAUACUUUCUAAACAUAAAGGUAAAGUUAAAAAACGAAAGACGAAAAUGAAGAAAGAAAUAAUAGACUACAGUUCUAUGCAGAAACACCCCGCCUCCCCGAUCAAAGAUACCGAAGCUUUGAGUAAGGUGCAAAGGUGGCUUCUCAGUUCGCCGCAACCUGCUGCCAUCCCCAAAUCUAAAUCCAUUCCACUCGGGCUCACCGAGAGGACCCACAGACAAGUACAGAAAGGUUCGAGAAAAACAAGACCGUCCAAGAGCGCCACCAACUUGCUGUCCGGCGAGAAGGCCCGGCUGCAAGUCGUGUUCAAACCUCCCUUCAGAUUUAGUGUUAAAAUAUGCAAGAGUGAUAAAACGAAAGUCGUCCUGGACAAAUCUUCUAAGCCCGACAUGGAUAGGAAACGACACGAAGUUGCACCACUGCCAGCUCCCACGGACGUGUCGAAAGCCAAUCCAACCACUAAAACUCCUAAGCUCUCUAACUCUACGAGGGUUGUAGAAAAUACUGCAACUCCCAGUGCUCCUAAAAUAGAAAAAAUACAAAACCAAGAAAAUAAAACUCAUGGUUAUGCCAAUUUACUACCUCGAAGUGCCAGUGACUGUAAAUUAACGAAAAAAAUUCCCGAAGCUAAAGUUCGUAACGGACACAAAAAGAGUAACUCGGUAGGUCAAAAGAAUGAGACUACCGAGAGCCGACAAAAUCUAAUCUCACAGGAAGAUGGUGAAAACGCUCAUGUUUAUGAAAAUGUAGUGAUGUCGCAAGAUGCUUUCGUUCCAAAAAGUUGCAGUAUGCCUCGACGACAGACCAGUGUCGGCGGCGGCAUCGCUCGGCAGAGCAGUUACGGCCAUUUACCUAGAGCUCAAAUCCGCCCACAUAGACAUAGUACAAACAAUAUAAGCAGGUCCAGAAAUAGCAGCUCCUCCGAACUGGAACACUUUUACAAUGUUAUCGAAUCGCUGCGAAAGAAUAAUGCCAUCGAUGUAAAUACUUGUAAUACGAAUACGAGCAGUUCGUCUGGCAGCAGUCGCCACGACAGCGCGCUUCUCAAGCACAGCUCCAGCUCCAGGCAGGGCGGCAGCAAAACUUCACGUCAAAACAGUCUAGUCGACAAGCCGGCUCGGUGCAGCCCCACUGAGACCUCCAAACUGAAGAGGCAACUCAGCGAAGUGGAAUUGGCCAAAUCACAUGGCGACAGCGGGCUGAGGGGCUUCCAGUUGGUGGUGGGGAAGGAUAAGUUAAAAAGACAGUUAAGUGAUAACGAGCUGUGCAAGUCCCGAGUGCAGCUGGCGAUGCCGAUGUCGGCGGGCGCGGAGCCGCGGCAGGCGUUCUGCUGGCGGGCGGAGGGCGAGGCGCGGCGGCUCGAGCGGCACAAGCGCCCCGCCUACACCUUCGGCGACCUCAAGCACGGCCUGCCCAGCGCCACCGACCCGCCGCCCGACGACGACGUCCACAUCUCCCCCGAGGAGUUCUUAAAUAUUAUUGAUAAUUAAGUAUUAUUGGGGACGAGUAAGCGUACUAUGGCCGCGAGCGGUCAUUUAAAUAUGAACAAAUAAUUAACGUGUAUAUUAGAUACCUAUUUGCAAGAUGUACUAUUGUCGGCUGGUGUAAAUAUUGUAAUUUGCUUUUAAUAUUAGUACUAAUGUAACCUGCCACUGAAACAGACCAUUGCUCAGUUUGUCUCUCCCAUCGUACCACUGGGAAUUUAAUAAGAAGUACAUACGUUAUAAUAAUAUCGAUCAAAGAAGUACAUUUUAUUUUUUAGAGCUUUUUUGAGACUUUAUUUUUUCGCCGUGAAUUAGUAUUAUUAAGUUUUUAUUUUUCAUUUUUUUGAUAAAGUAUUUUGUUUGUAUUAUUAACUUUUACAAUCAUAGGGUUGUGUAACAUUAUACCCACUUAUAACUAUGUAUAGUGAAAAAUUAUGGCGUAGUAGUACAUACAAAGCUGGCAAUGAUCUAGUUUCACUGAACGAUCUCUAUAAAAUGAAUCUCUAUUUUUUCUACAUGCUAUGUAUUGUACAAAUUUACUCAAACCUAUGUAAAGUGUUCAUGUAAGAUUAUUUAAUUACUUUAAAAUACUUUACGUCAUUCGAGUUCAUUUUAUAUCUUUUUUUUUUAUUUUUCUAACAUGUUUUUUUUUUAUUUAAAUAGCUGUCAAUUAGCAUGUCAAUCUGUUAACAUUAUAGUCGUUUAAGAAUAUUGCCUGUAAACCAUAAUAUUCGGAAAAAAAACAAAGUAAUUAUAAUUUAAUAAGCAAGACUGACAUAGGAUCCUAUUAUGUGAGUAUGUAAUAACCAUGUUACAUGUACAUGUUUAAAAUAACCAGUAUAAUCAAGGUUUAAAAUAAAAUGAAAUAAAAAAAAAUAAUUGAACUUGCCAACUUACCCAGUAUGAUCGAUAUUGCAUUGUUACUUACAUUUUAUUUUGCGUGGGUACCAGUGUGCAUAUAUAAGCAUCCAUUAUCUGAAACAUGAUAGAAUCCUAUGAAAUUCUGUUGUAUAAACAAUAAUUAAAAACGAACGUAAAACGGUUUUAUUGAUAAAAAUAUUUUUCUAUACGUAUUGGAUAAUCAAACUGAAUAACAGACUCGUACGUAAGCGAACUCAUGGCUGUAACUAUGUUCUUUACACUUUAGUUCUGCAAUAUCUGGGAUGGAAUGUGUUUUUUUAAUUCACGUAUUAGUAUGACAAUAUCGUAGUGCAUAAUGUAAGUAAAUUAUAUCUCUUCGAAAUAUUGUAAUUGUUAAUAAUGCUGUCUAGUGGUUAAGUACAAUUUUUUUUGUUAAGUUCCCGCCUAAAUUAGGACUUGUGAUAAAUUAAUUUUUGUCUAUGAUUUAUGUCAAUCUAUGGUUUUUAUUCAAUGAGUGUUGCAUAAUAAAAAAAAUAUUAUGUCUCAAUGAUACUGCAAUUUGCCAUAAAACAAUUAAACAUUAUGUUGAAUAAAACAACUGCUACCAAACAUCGUAACAUUACUUUUGGAAAAUAAGAGAGAUAAUAAAGACUUAUUUUUCAAUUCCCAUAUAUUUUGUAACUGCUAUUUUAUUGCAAGUUAAAAGUUUGAAAAAAGGAAGAUGCCUCGGUCAGUAUUUUUUUUAUAAUAUGUCAUGAUUAGGUGCAACUGCGGUCCGGUUAACCCAGUUAUCGAUUACGCGAUGCAUAAAAAGAAUCAAGUCUUCCCUCUUUGUUUUUUAUCGUAAAAAAAUAAAAACAUACCGGCCGAAUUGAGAACCUCCUCCUUUUUGGGAAGUCGGUUAAAAAUCCACAUACAACGACUUGUCAGCUCACCCUGACCCAGCGAAAUUUCAUAUAGCACUCAAAAAAGUUUAUAUUAUAUACAAUAUUGAUGACCAUAUAUUAUUGUCAUGACGGUGGUUUAAUUUCUAUCUCAGAUAUUAUUCAGAAUGUGUUCCAGUAUUUUUGUGAGUCGUGCGAAAGCUUUGCGGCUGUGGCACAGCGUUUAUGAGCUUCGACGUAGGGAGGUAAGGGUAAAACGUAAAAGCUAUUGUAUUGUAUAGGAACUGAUUUCUAAGAAGAUCCUAAAGUAUUGAAAAUGUUACAAAUUUGUAUUUUAUAAAAAUACUGAUGUGGACAAUGUGAUGAUAUCUAUAAGCAAGGCCACAUCCGCUGGAUUAAUGACUAGUGCUUAUACUUAGAUAUUUGCAUUUAUCCAUGAAUAUAUUCUAGAAAUCUAUUUGUCUUGAGUGAGUUUGUUUUUCUUGUAAAAAUCUAUUAACUCUUCCUUAAUAAAAUGUUCGAUUUAAGUACAUGUUAAUUGUGAAUUUGAUAUUAUAUAAUUAAAUGUGACUAGAUUCUAUACAUCUAUUUAAUGGUUUUAUAGACUGGAAAAACUUUCCCUCAAUGGAUUAUACCUAUGACACUAACAUUAUUAUUAUCAAAGUAUCUUUAAUUUACUUACAAUACAGAUCUUUGUGAUGUUAGGUAUCUGACUAUAAUCUCACUGUAUUUGUUCCAAGUGCCUUAUGAACAAAUCAUUAUUACAUUCCUACUUACAUUCCAAAUUUUAUGCCUAUUCUUAGUUUAAACUUUCUCGUUACACUGGAUUUAUUAUUACCUAUAUAAAAAUAUUUCUUCAAACUGUAAAGAUAUGAUCUGAUCGUAAAAUCGUUUAUGUUAUCAAUUUUAAGUACUUAAUUAGCCUGUGAUAGAAUACCUACGUCUAAACAUGUAUUAUAUUUCAUUUGUUCUUCAAAAUGUGUUAAUUUAUUGUAUAUCUACCGUUAACAUUACUAGAUGUAUCCACUAUGAAUACAAAUUUGUAAUAAAUUUCAUUUUCUAACAUUUUACUAUUUUUUUUCUGCAUUUGUAAUGGAUUAAAAAGACUCCAACAAUAA